AUGGCCGUUACCAGAGCCUCCCUCUUCUUCCCCCCGCCGGCAAUGGUUUCACCAAUUCGAUUUUCCCGCCACGAUGCUCGACAGCCCUUCAAUUCCAAUCGCUAUUCCCUACCACGGAAACCUCUGAAAAUAACCGCCAAAUCCGAAAAAACCCAACUCUCAAACCGCAAAACCAACCCCAGAACCCAAACCCAAAUCGAGUCCGAUGACGACGACGGCGGAAUCCCCAUGGAAGACAUUAAAAUCAUCGCUCGAUUCAAGUCCAGGCACAACUACAUCCGCGUCCUCGAGGUCUCCAGAAGAGCCAUCGACCACCCCCUCGCUGGCUCUCGCCUCCUCCUCCUCGACGCUCCGGGCAACAUCCACAGCAUCUCCUUCCUCGUCAAGUCCCUCACCGACACUUACUUCGACGUUUUCGCCACUCUGCCUCCGAUUCUUCCCUCAUCCGGGCCGGUCGCAAUUCUCGGGUUCGGUGCGGGCACGACUGCCCGAUUGGUUCUCGAGUUGUACCCGGACGUGAUUGUUCACGGGUGGGAGCUCGACCCGUCCGUGAUUGACGUUGGGAGAGAGUUCUUUGGACUCCACAAGCUCGAAUCCCAGUACAAAGACCGGCUGUUCAUCUACAUCGGGAACGCUCUAACGGCGGCGGUGAAAGAUGGGUACUCUGGGAUUUUCGUUGACUUGUUCUCCAAGGGCAGUCUGAUACCGGAGCUUCAGGAUCCCAACACGUGGGAGAUGCUCAGAAGGCGUUUGACGAAAUGCGGGAGAGUGAUGGUGAACGUUGGGGGCAGUUGUGUGGAGGCAGAGAACAAACGGCGGGAUGGGAAGGCUGUAAUGGAACAGACUUUGGCUGCAAUGCACACGGUUUUCGGCGAUCAGCUUCAUGUUUUGAAGCUUGGGAAACGCUCCUCUGAAGAUAGCACCCUGGCUCUCACUGGUCCGUUGCCCGAUAGCAAAGCGUGGAAGACUGCGAUCCCUCAUAAAGCUCUGAGGCAUUACGUUGACAUGUGGGCGCCAUUUUAG